CCCGGUUCCAGAUCUCCCCUUAAACUUAAGUUACUCGCCGCUACCUCUGCGUGUUCUGCUCAGGGAUCCGGUGCGAAUACAAGCAACAACAAAGACCGGACGACGAUCUUCAAAUUUCAGUUACGUCUACUAUUGUUCUCGCCUGCAUUCUUUGUUCCCGGACAUCCUUCAGACGAGCUCCGCUGAGCGCUUCUAAAUACGUCCUUGCCGCCAGCGGUCUGUGGAUGGUAUCGACCAACGUUGGUUCCGCUGAUGUCCACGGACCAUGGAAUCUUUGGUCUAUGAGGAUUCGCCGUUGGCAGAUUAUCUUGAAGGGGAAGGCGAGCGUGAUCAAGACUGGACGCCGCAACAAGUCGAGACCAACGGGGAUGCACAUUCACAGAACUUCGCACCGAAAGGAAUACCGUCGAUAGGAAGUCGUGUCCGGAAGAAAUUUGCUGUGGCAAGCGACAAGAGUACCUCCCAAGAAACGGGGAGCGGAGUGUUUGGCAGGAUAUAUCACACAUGCUCUUCGGCAGUCAGUUCACGCAUUGGAAAGCGAGACAACGAGAGAUUCCUCGAACAAUUCGGCUACGUAAUAGUCGCGUCGCAUUUGCUGGACGAAUAUAAUGCUGCGUCACAUACGACUGCGGCAAAAGAUGCGCAAUCGAAUAUACCCGGUCAUGACACGGUAUCGUUUUCAAACACCGUCGGCCUCACAGGGGCAGUUGUCACUGCAGUAACGUCGUUUUCGAUAGUCGGAUUAAUUCACUGGAGUCGGUCACGGACGGGUGCAGGAUUCAAUCCACGAAGAAUAGUAACACUGCUUGUCGUGCUACCCCUUGUUGGAGCAGUCUUUUAUGCCUUUGCUAGACGGCAGUGGUUGAGGUUUGUGAGACAACAAGCAGUUCAGGGAGCAUCCAACUUUAUCAACGGCGCUCAAAGAUUCGACUCGCUAGUUUCCUCGUCAGUGCUUUUCAUACAAGAGGUGGAACUUGUAUCCCGAGGAUAUCGAAUAAGCACGCCCUUACCACCCGUCAGUCGACUAGAGGAAUCUACGCAGGUCCGUCGGUGCUUGCGAUUGCGCCGCGCUGUUUCCGAUGGUCUGUCCGCAGUUCUCGAUCGAUAUAUUCAGGCACAGCAUACUAUCGGUCUCCUCACAGACCCUUCCAAUCUCGAAAAAUACUAUGACAUUUACGAAAUAUCCAUGGCAGAACUUGCCGAGGCGCGUUCCGCGUCUUCAGAAACCACAGGCGAAGACCAGUAUUCGCUAAAGUGGCUCCGCAUAGCAUUCAGCCGAUUGUAUACUAUGAGGCAGAGCAUACUGUGUUGUCUUUUGGCUUUGAAGGCAGAUGGAAGUGGUAGCGAUAUUCCUCCAUGGACUUCUGCGGUUGAGGAGAUGAGGGACCUAGCCGCAGUGACCCAUGAAGCGGCCAACAAGAUUGCAAAUAUACUCAACGAAAAAGAUAGACCCAUCCCGCCUCUUUCACCAUUACCAUCUGCAUCUACAGGCCGUGAUACACUUCGAGCGCAAGCGAGACGCUUAAACUCAUUAUCACAAGGCAUCCGAGCGCUUCACGCCAAAAUGCACGUUAUGCGCGAAGAAUCCGACGAAAGCUUGACGCAGGACGCAAGCGAGCAGGACGUCGGAGCGUCACUGAUGGCGCAAUACGAAUCCAUCGGUGCCGAUAUUCGAGGCCUUUUACAGGAAUGGGAAGCAGGGAAAUUAGCCCUGAUGAACUCCUUGGAGCAUCCAAACGGCCUUCCCUCAUCAUCGUCAUACGAUCGAUUCUCACGAUCAUCAUCAAACGACUGAAGCUACCAUUAUCGCCUACAAGCAGCCUAGGCGGCGUUACAGCAGUAGACGGAAGUCCAACAGCGGCCCUGAUGGCUCUGAACGGAGAGAUGCAGAACCACCUAAAUUUCUCGUCACAGGCCGAGAACGUUGCUGAUGUUGAAGCGGAGGAAAUCUUCGAAGCGAUCGUUAUGCCAUCGUCUCGAAAGAGACAAUCCCUAACGCGAGAAGAGCGCAUCGCUCGCGUCAAGGAGGAUAGAGCUCGACAGGCUGCUGCUCGUGAGAGGGCGGACGCAAGCACGAAUAUGCUCCGAGAGCUUGAAACGGUUAUCAAACAUCGACCGGCACUGAAUAACAAACCGCAACGAAUAACCAGCAUCUAACCAGAUUCUUCAUUUUCUUUCUUUUUUUAUCUUAUUUCUCUUAUUUCUCAGCCGGCGUCGGUAUAACACUCUAUAUAUCUUAUUAUUACCUGUCUAUUUUUUUUAUUGUACAUAUUUUGAUCACAGGGUUGGUGUUCGGAUGUAUCAUCAGGGAAGCGAUGUAUCUGCAUUCUUUUCACCUUUUCUUUGUCCUUGUGUAUACUAUACAAUUGUUCCCAUAAUUCAUCGAUCGAAUCAAAUGUUAG